AUGGCUAGUAAAGUUCCUGGCGGUGGCAAGACAACUGGUGCCUCGGGCGACCUUGGCCUGAAUGUCCUGCUUCACGGCGAUGGCGGAGAGUCAUUCUUCAAAAUGCCGAACCAAGGGGUUAAGAACAACUUGGCCGGAGUGGCCAUUUUAUCACCAGACAAGAAUCUCAACUGGGGAGGUGGAGAGGGUCUCAACCGCACUGAUGGCGUCGCCCAUGCGAAAGCUGUCAAUGACCUCGUCUAUCACGUAUUGCCCAAGUAUAUGGCAUUCAACUCCUCUAACGUCUACUUCACCGGAAUCUCGGGCGGAUCUCUAUUGCUAUCUGGCUUCUUUAUCCCUGCUCAUAUCGGAAACUUUGCCGGGAACGGAGUGUUGUUGGGUUGCGGUGCCAUGGAGCCUCAAAUGGAGGUAUCGAAGGCGUCCCGCGACGCCCUCACGAACACACGUAUUCACUACCAGUCUACCAAGAAAGAGAACCAAGGUCUACGAGAAUCAAUUCCGGAGGCGAUCAAGGCCUACGAGAAGGUGGUCAAGGAAAAGGGCUUGGAGGGCAGGGAAAUCGAUAAGCUCCAGACAGAAGAUAAUACGCCUGACGGGGGACACUGCGAAUUCGAUGGGAAAGAGUUUGAUUCUGGUAUUCAGCUCAUUAUCGACAACUACGAUAAGAUAAUGCAGGGUGGAGACGGCAAGGUUCCAGGGAUCGGUGAGGUGUUGAAAGGCGUCACCGAUCACGAACUGAAGUUUUCGGAGGAUAAUCAGUAG